AUGGAUCGAACCCAGAAGGAAAUGGAAUAUGCUGUAACUAGGUUCGAUCGCAAUGACAGAGUGGCAGCCCUACAAAAUGGCCGGCUCUACAACCAGUAUGAACAGGUUGAACCCUACCAGAGGACCUCGGCUCUAUACUCUUCAGCGCCCGCUCUAAAACUGGGCAGCGAUCUCAGGGUACAACAGAACGCCGCAGCAGUGUUGUACCACAGCGGUAUUCAGAAAGGCAAAGUUGUUGACGGUCGCCAGGCAUCAGCUGUCGCCCAGAUGCAUCAGAACGACCUGCACAGCGUGGACGCGGUCCAAGAAUUGGGCAUUUCCAAAGAGCUGCUCAGUAACGAACUUGUCCAACAUCCGGACAGAUCCAAAAAUUACAUCAAGCGAUAUUUGAACCUUCAGACGAAGUUUUCCCGCGCCCAGAAUGGCCAGCAGACAUCAGACAGAGAACCUCAAUCAGAUUUGAUUACGUCAUUCGACCCUAUGAAAGACAGGCACCUGUGGACGAUGUGGCGCACAGCCGUCAAUGGGAGAAUAGUUGACGAGGUCCGCCACUUGGAGAGACGCAAGAGCGAAAUGGGAGUCAACCCUUCGUCAAACUUCGACGCCAGCAUCCCUGGAAUGUAUGGCAAAGCUCUUGUGGCGCCGCCGUUGAAGAGAUUCAUUAAGUUUGGUGACGAGGAGAGUAGGGCGGUCGCUGUCCAGAUGUCGUCUGGCUUGGGUCAGGGAAGUUUAGAAACUUCACAGUUUGUUUACUAUGGGCUGCCCAGAGUUGAUGUUUCCCAUAUGAGAAAGUGA